CAUAAGAUUUAAGAAGCUUAACCUAAACCUUUAAAUCUUUGAUCAAGAUAUAGAUUUUAGCUAUAGCUUAUGCAGAACAUAGCAUUAUAUCAAUGCUAAAUGUAUCAUGCUUUCAAUGUGUAAGAUGAACCGAACGCUUGCUUGAAAAUGCAAAACUAUUCGCAUUCAGAUAAGAUAACCUUUGGAAAUAAAUAAAUGAAUUAAUUAAACAGCGAUUAGAAAUAAUAUUUGAACGUAGAUGUAAAUGACGUGAUUGUUAUUUAUUGCUGUACGAGAACGUAAGCGUUUAUACCGCUCAUAAAUUGACGUUAAAACGUUGUAAGUGGGCGGAAGGUGAGUCGUCAAAUAUAUAAAACUCGCGAUAAGUUUUGUAAUAAGGUAUAGAAGUGUUGUCGUAUAUAUAUCUUUUUUGAUCAGGGGCAUCCGAAUAUGAUCGAAACAUCGAAAACUCAGUCAUUUCAGUCUUUGUUCAAUUUCAAAUUAUUCCCGUGCGCCCACUCGUUGCACUUCAUAUAUACGCAACCGCCUAAGUACCGAUUAUUCUGCUGCACUAAAGCCGAUGCUUGCCAAAGCUGAAAACCAAACCGCUGUUAAAUCGGAAACUCUUACUAUAUCCACUCAUGUAUUAGAUACAAGCGUUGGUAAGCCGGCAGCCAAUGUCAUCGUUAUUGUGUAUCGUUUAACCGAAAACGAUAUUAAGCAAGAUGGCGGCGAUCAAUGGCUUGAAAUUAAUCAAUCUUUAACUGAUAAACAGGGUCGCAUUCAUCAAUUAUUGUAUAGCACGGAUUUUCAAAAUGGCGUAUAUAAACUGAGAUUUGACAUACGGCCUUAUUUUAAUCUACAAAAUGUAACCAGCUUUUAUCCUUUCAUAGAUGUUACAGUGCAAUGUCAAGAAAAUGAACACUAUCAUGUACCGUUAUUGAUAUCGCCCUUCGGUUAUUCCACUUACAGAGGAUCAUAGCUUUCGAAAGUUUGCAUUUGCAAAAUAACGUGACGUAGAACUAUGCAUGCAUUCGAGUCAUAAAUAAAAUAUAUUAAAAGAUGUAUUGUAUUGUUUUUUCCUAAAGAUCUCAAGUGAAAGAUUCAUGUAACAUGAACAGAUACAUAUGUGUUUGUUAAUGUAAAAUUAAAGUUCGAAGCAUGCGACCGCUUUAAAACUCUUCGCUUCUGCAUAAAAAUUGGGUUUAUGUGUAUGUCAGCAAAAUUCUGCAGUCAGUUUACAAGUCUCGUUUUUGAGUUAGCUCAGGUGACGGAAUAUGGAAGCGAUACGAUCGUAUCGAAUGGGCGAAGGAUUUUCCAUACGAUAUCGACAAAAAUUGCUUCUUUCAAUUUAUAAGAUUUUGUUUACGAUUAAAAAAAUUCUCAUACCUUUUCAUACUCGUGAGUACGCAUUAACCUUCAAACCUCGUAUGAUCUCGAAUAUUUUUUUUGCAAAAAGACAUAUCUAGUACAAGUUACAAACGAGCCUGCACUUAUUCUCGAUUAUGGAUUUGAAUUAUUAUAAGAUAUUGGGUAUCGAAAAUCGAAAUUCAUAUUCCUCUUGCUUUAUCGGACACUUACUGUCCAUACAUUAUAUGAUUUGUCGACCAUUCUAGUUAAUUAUUCAUUGUGCUAAAGAGAACGAGAUAAUUUAAGUUCAAGAUCACACUCAGUCAUUCCUAAGAAGUUUCGCGUAACUUACGUAAUGACGUUGCUUCGCCAGAAGGCAAAGAAAUCAAUGACUGGGUAGCUGUAAACACCGAUGAAUACCCAUCAGCGAAGGAUACUGGGUAUGUUCACUUCGUCAAAACGUUUGCAACGCCCAGAAGGAAGCACCAGAAAACAAAUAAAUAUAGUUUUGAUCAGCAUCAAAACAUGUCCGUCCGUCCGUCCGUCCGUCCGUCCGUGAAAUGCAUGUUGUAGAAAUUCUCCUGCCGCAAAUGAUGAAUCUAUCGACUUCAAAUUUGGGAAAAAUAUUGGUAGAUCUUGCUGAUUGGUAUUGAAAAUGGGUUAAAUCGGUUGAA